UGUUUCAUGAAAACUGAAACUGAAAGCAAACGCAGUGUGAGAAGCCGGCACAGACUGAAGCAGACAGGACUCAGCGCCUCCAUUCUCAGACGCUCGGUGUGGUGUUUAGGCUGAAUCAUGGACGUACAGGACGUUAAAGCGGCGCAGCGUAAAGUUGAAACCAGAGCAAAGCCAAGUCCUAAAGGUCUCACACCAGCAAGACAAAGGCAGAAAGUGAAGCAACAACCAUCAGAGGAAUCCGCCCCGGUGGCCGAGCAGGUGAUCACCCAGGAACUCGCCAACUGGAUCAAACAAAACGCCAAUAACCUCAAGAUCCGGCAGACGGACCGCCGCUGGGCUGCUGAGGUGGUCAACGAUUUCCGAGAAAACCUGCUGAGGUUCCUGAGGAGCUGCACCGAUCAGCCUUUGUUCCAGUCCGCAGACUUCCUCACCACUGGCAGCUAUUUUGAGAAAGUGAAGAUCCACAGCCCCGACGAGUUUGACAUGAUGCUGAAGCUUCAGGUUCCGAAUCGCCUCACCAUUGCGGAACUGGACCGAGGCCUGUUCUACCGGAUCGACCUCACGCGGUCCACCCGGACCCCCGUACAAGCCUUCCUGCUGGAGAACCAGCUCACCCUGUCGUCCAGAAAAGUCCUGACCGAGACGUACCGCCUGGUCCGCAAGUUCCUCAAGACCUACAAAGUCCCUGACGAAUGCUGUCGCUGGGAGGUGAACAGGAAGAAUCCGUACUCUCCGGCUGUCACUUUGUCUUUGUGCAGAACUGACAAGAGCAGCGACGAACUGAUCUCUGUGGAUGUAGUUCCUGCUCUGGAGGUCCAGGGCUGGCCGGCUCCAGUCCGCAACGGUCCAGAUGUGGACAACUGGCUGGGAAAGAAGGCUCGCCAAGAAAUCAGAGGUUUACCGUGUUACUAUGUGCCAAAGAGGCUCAAAGGACGGAACCUCAGUGAAGACGCCAAAGAGAGUUGGAGGAUUUCAUUCUCUCACAUCGAGAAGAAAAUGAUCACGUCUCACGGCAACAAGAAAACCUGCUGCGAGAGCAACGCCACCAAAUGCUGCCGAAAGCAGUGCUUAAAGCUCCUGAAGUCUCUGAUUGAGGGUCUGAAACAACGUUUUCCCGACGAACUGGAUGAUCUGUGUUCGUACCACGGGAAGACCGUCUUCCUCCACACCCUGUCCUCCAGGUUCGAGGACUCCAUGUGGACCCGUCAGCAGCUGCCCUCCUGCUUCCUGCAGCUCGUCUUGGCUCUGGAGGAUCGCGCUCGUGAAGGCUUCCUUCCUCACUUCUUUGUCCCUGAAUGCAACCUCUUCUCUCCGGCCGUCUUCCAUCGCAGAGGGCUGGCUUUCCUGGUCAGCGCUCUGGAGGAGCAGCGGAGGGAAGGUCUGCCGCUGCUGAAGCCUGCAGAUCCAGUUCCACCUCUGAGACCAAAAACCAUCUCAGCAGAAACCUUCACCGAGGUCUCCACUGAAGAGUCUGCAGCUGUGAGGCCUGCUGUUGGGACUAAACUGGUCCUUAUGUUUGCUGUAGCUUUGGUUUGUCUCUCAUUUCUCAUACAAACGAUGGGAGCCGGCAACAAUUACUGAAGACAUUAGACAUAAAUUAGGUGAAAGCAUGAAAUAAAGGAUAUUAUGCCAUAUUUAUUUCACUCAUCCUGCAGAAGACAUAAAUAUGAACUGAGCUGUCACUGUGGAUCUCAUUUUAUUCUAUUUCAAAUUUGUAACUAACUAUAUGAAUGGUACGGGUAUAUUUAACUACAUUAGAAAUGUUUCCCAAGUGGAUUUUAGAAAUGUGCAAUGUGAAAGGCAAACUACUAUCAUUGUUUGCCUUUAGUGCUAAUUAUUUUUACAAUUUUUAAACAUUAUUAUAUAUUGAGCUGCUUUUAAAGAAAACUUUUAAACUUUUUUCACAUAUUUAGCCAUUUUUUUCAUUACUUAUUUUAGAUGAUUAAUAAAAAUUCCUGUUUAUAAAAA